AUGGCCUGGUUUAGCAAAGCAGAAAAUGAUCCGAGCCUAAGUGUUCCGGAUGUCGUUGAGGUCCCUAGUCCUAUAGAAAAGGUUCCCGAGAAUCUUUCUCAAAAACCAACUGCUGCACAAUCAAGUAACCCCAAUGAUGCUCUUAAUGAGCUUUUGGUCAACACAUUGGGUGAGGAUUCGACUCUUGUCAAGAUCCUUAGCUCAAAUCCGUAUUUUGCUGCGGGGUUUGGUCUGAUGGGUCUUGGAGCUGGACUGGCAAUCUUACGACAGGCGGUCUUAAAGGGAAGCAAUUUUGUGUACCGACAAAUGCUGGUGGAUCUUGAGAUUGCAUCCAAGGACAAGUCUUAUACUUGGUUUUUGGAAUGGAUGUCACAAUACCCUAAGAGAUCAUCGCGUCAUCUUAGUAUUAAUACUACCGUCAAGCAGCAUGAUAAUGGCUCGAUGACGACGACAUUUAACUUGGUUCCUGGUCCUGGUAAGCAUUUAAUUCGGUACAAGGGCGCGUUUAUGCUUGUUGCACGUGAACGAUCCGGACGAUUAAUGGAUUUGACAAGCGGGACUCCAUUUGAGACCAUCACACUGACGACUCUUUAUCGUGACAGACAUUUGCUACCUGAGCUUUUGAACGAGGCUCAGCAACGAGCAAUUAAGCAGCGGGAGGGCAAGACUGUUAUUUACACGUCAUUUGGUCCCGAGUGGCGUCCGUUUGGUCAGCCGCGUCGGAAACGCAGUUUGGAUUCAGUUAUUUUGGCCAAGGGGCUUAAAGAGAAGCUUGUUGAAGAUGUGCGCGACUUUUUGGAGUCGAGCAAAUGGUACCAUGACCGCGGGAUACCCUACCGCCGUGGAUACUUGUUGUAUGGCCCUCCAGGAAGCGGAAAGUCAAGUGUUAUCCAGGCGCUUUGCGGUGAGCUGGACUAUAAUAUUUGCAUUUUGAACUUAUCUGAGGCAACUUUGACGGACGACCGACUGAAUCAUUUGAUGAACCAUGUUCCUGAGCGUAGUAUUUUGUUGUUGGAGGAUAUUGAUGCUGCUUUUAAUGAGCGCAAGCAGACUGGUGAAGACCAGGGAUACCUUUCUGGCGUGACAUUUUCUGGUUUGCUGAAUGCUUUGGAUGGCGUUGCUAGUGCUGAUGAAAGACUAAUUUUCAUGACAACAAACCACCCUGAGCGACUUGAUCCUGCAUUGAUCCGACCAGGACGCGUUGAUUAUAAGGCACUGAUUGAUAAUGCGACGGAAGACCAAGUGCGGGCCAUGUUUUUGCGGUUCUACGAGGGAGAAACUGAGAAGUGCGAGCAUUUCUUGCAAUCUGUUUUGGAUCUGGGCACUACUAUUAGCACUGCUCAGUUACAAGGAUUGUUUGUUUACAAUAAACAUAACUCACAAGGCGCCAUAGAUAUGGUCAAGCUUUUAAAGCGGAAAUGA